GUUUGGGCCUCAACGAGCAACAUGGGCUUCAUGAGACUCCUGAUUAUUCACAACUUUAAGUCCUGGGGGGGCUGUCAGCUCAUUGGGCCCUUCAUGAGAUUCAACUGUGUCAUCGGCCCCAAUGGCUCAGGUAAAUCUAAUUUAAUGGAUGCAUUCAGCUUUGUAAUGGGUGAAAAGCCUGCUAACCUGCGAGUAAAAAAUAUCCGGCAGCUUAUCCACGGAGCAAACGUUGGCAAACCCAUGUCCACAACAGCAAAGGUAGUCUUGGUUUACUGUGAGGAAAAUGGAGAUGAAAGGCAGUUUUCCAGGAUUAUUGUAGGAGAAUCUUCAGAGUAUCGGAUUAACGACAAGCCAGUAGGGCGGUCAGCAUAUGUGCUGGAGCUAGAGAAAAUUGGUAUCAUUGUAAAAGCCAGGAAUUGCCUAGUGUUUCAGGGAGAAGUGGAAUCUCUAGCUAUGAAGAAACCGAGAGAGAGGACCCAACUUUUCGAACAAAUAAGCAACUCUUUGGAGUUAGCAGAUGAAUAUGAGAAAAAGAAGAAACUGAUGCUGCGGGCAGAGGAGGACGCACAGUUUUGCUAUAAUAAAAAGAAAAAUGCAGCAGUUCAGCGGAAGCAUGCCAAGUUAGAGAAGGAUGAGGCUGAACAUUAUCAGGUGCUGCAGAAGAAGCUGAAAGAAACCAAGGUUCAGCUACAGCUAUAUCAACUUUUCCACAAUGAGAGAAAACUUGAGUCCGUAGUGAGGAGUUUAGAAGACAAACAAAUUGCUGUCAGCAGGCUGAAAGACCAGCUUGCUCAAGCUGAAUCGGCUUUCAAGUCUGAAAAAAAAGAACUUGGGAGAUGUACAAGAGACCUGCAGCAAAUUGAAAAAGAGAUAAAAGUUCAAGAAGUUUCUUUAAGUCAUUUACGACCCCAGUUUAUUAAAGCAAAAGAAAACACCGCUCAUCAUUUCAAAAAAGUUGAAACGGUUAAAAAAAAUGUAAUGAACAAUGAGAAGCUGUGCCACCAACUGGAACAAGACAUAAGUGAGCUGGAGACCGAGAUUGCAGAUAUUCAGAUGGCUUGGAGACAAUUUGAGAAAAAAGUCGAAGAGGACCUUCAGAGAAGACAAGGCGAUUAUGAGCUGGAAGAAAGUCAGAGGGAACAGUACAGGGUAUUAAAGGAAGAAGCAAAUAAAGAGAGUGCAGUGCUGAAGCAGCAGCUAGACCGACUUCAGUGGGAGCAGAAAUCUGCCCAGGAGAAGCUGGAAUUUGCUCAGACGAGACAAAAAGAAGUGCAGGUGAACAAGAAACAUGUUGAGCAACAGAUAGAAGAACACAGCAAGCGGAUUGAAAAAUUAGAAGAGUACAUAAACAAUUGCCUCAAAUUUGUUGAAGAUCAAAAACCUCAGGAGGAACAACUUGGAUAUGAAAUUGAAACUGGUAAGCAGCGAAUGGCGGAAGUCAAUGAGGAGCUGAACACUAUUGUUGGGGAGCUGCAGAAUGCCCGUAUUGAUUUCCACGAGGGAAGUAGACAGAAGAGGAAAGCCGAGGUCCUAGAAAGCAUGAAAAGAAUGUAUCCUGAUGCUGUGUUUGGCAGAUUAUUUGAGCUCUGUCACCCAAUUCAUAAAAAGUAUCAACUGGCUGUUACCAAGGUGUUUGGCAAAUACAUGAACGCCAUCGUCGUAUCUACAGAGAAGGUUGCAAGAGACUGUGUCAAAUUCCUUAAACAGGAAAGGGCCGAGCCCGAGACUUUUCUUGCCUUGGAUUAUUUGGAUAUAAAGCAAAUCAAUGAAAAGCUAAGAGAAAUAAAAGGUGCAAAGAUGAUGAUUGAUUUGGUACAAACUGUGAGUGCCCCUCUGAAGAAAGUCAUCCAGUUUGUAUGCGGCAAUGGACUUGUUUGUGAAAACGUGAAGGAAGCAAAACAAAUUGCAUUUGAUGGACCUGAACGAUUAAAAACAGUUGCUCUAGAUGGAACACUUUUUUUGAAAUCUGGUGUUAUUUCCGGUGGAUCGAGUGAUCUGCGAUUUAAAGCUAAACUCUGGGAUGAGAAGGAGAUUAACGAAUUAAAAGAAAAAAGAGAUGCGCUAAUGAAUGAAUUGAAAGACCUGAUUAAGUUGAAGAGAAGAGAGAGCGACUUAAAGCAACUUCAGGCUCAACUGCAAGGAACCCAGACACGCAUGAAAUAUUCACAGAGUGAAGUGGAGGGCAUUAAAAAGAAACAUCUUGCUAACUGCUAUAUGGAAAAAUCCAGGUUAGAUAGUGAGUUAAUAAACUUUGCUUCUCAGCUUACAAUGCUGAGAGAGGAACUUGAUGUCCAUGUAAUGAAGAUUGGAGACAUUCAAGAACAAAUGAAUCAGGUAGAGGAUCGAGUGUUCAGAGAUUUCUGUGAGGGGCUUGGGGUGCCGAAUAUUCGUGUGUACGAGGAAGAAUAUGUCCAACAGCAGCAGGAGAUAGACAAGAAAAGAUUGGAAUUUGAUAACCAAAAGACACGAUUAGGGAUUCAGCUGGAAUACGUUCAAGGACAGCUUGAAAAGGAGAGGAGAAACACAGAAAGGUUAAAGCAAAACUUGCACAAAGAAGAAGGUGAUAAAGUCGGACUGAAAAAGGAAGAAGAGCAAUGUAUGAAAGCAGUGGAUAAGGCUAUGGUUCAGCUACAACAGUUCAAAAACAAUUUCACUCUCAAGAAAUCCGAAGUUGCUGAAGAACAGAAAAAAGUUGAUGAAGCACGAAAGAAGCUAAUGCAUAUAAACAGGGAGAUGAGCCAGAAGCAAAAAGAAGCAGCGGUGAUCGAGAAUUUGGUAGAACAGAAAAAAAUAGAAAGGCACAAUCUACUCCUGGAUUGCAAAGUCCAAGAUCAUCAGAUAAUUCUUCUGACAGGAUCAUUGGAUGAUAUUACUGAAUUAGAGCUAGAAACAGAGACUGAAAGCACACAAGCCACUGCAGACAUCUAUGAAAGAGAGGGGAACAUUCAGAUAGACUAUAGAGGUCUUCCGGAUGAUUUGAAGAGUUUAAAUGCAGACAAGGAGAUAUCUGCGGAACUUAUGAAGCUGCGCCAGGAAGCCAUUACACUUGAAAAUACUCUACUGAAAACAGCCCCAAACCUAAAGGCCCUGGAAAAGCUACACAGCGUCAGAGAUAUGUUUCAGGAAACUGCAGAUGCAUUUGAAGCCAGCAGGAAGAAAGCCAAGCUGUGUAGACAGGAAUUUGAGCAGGUGAAGAAAAAGAGAUAUGAGCUUUUUAACCGGUGUUUUGAACAUGUGUCUGUAGCUAUCGAUCAGAUCUACAAGAAGCUGUGCAGAAAUCCCAGUGCCCAGGCAUUUCUGAGUCCUGAAAAUCCAGAAGAACCUUACCUCGAGGGAAUUGGUUAUAACUGUUUAGCCCCCGGAAAACGUUUUAUGUCCAUGGACAAUUUAUCAGGGGGAGAAAAGUCUGUGGCCGCUUUGGCUCUACUAUUUGCCAUACACAGUUUUCGACCAGCACCUUUCUUCAUUUUAGAUGAAGUAGAUGCAGCUUUGGACAACACAAAUAUCGCAAAGGUGACAAGCUACAUCAAAGAGGAAUCAAGGGAGCAGUUUCAGGUGGUGGUGAUUUCUCUAAAGGAAGAGUUUUAUUCUAGAGCUGAUGCAUUAAUCGGUGUCUGUGCAGAGCAAGAAGAAUCCAUUUCGAGUAAAGUGCUGACCCUGGACCUGACUGUGUAUAAAGAGGAGGAAGAGGGUGCCAGAAGGGGUUAGAACUGCUUCACCUUUCUAUGAUUACAAGCAGGGAUAUAUAUAUUUAAAGUCUCCCUGUUGUCCUUUUACCUGAGUAUAUUAGGUAUAGUUUUUUUUUUUUUCAACCGUUAUAUAAGUAAAAGCACUUAAAUGUUACUAUUUUAUUGUUGAAUGCUACUCACUUGCCCCUGAUAAAAUGGGCAUCUGGUUUUGGCCUGUGUUGAAGCUACUGCAGCUUUCCUGAAUCAAAGGAACUGUAAUCGAUGUUACUGUUCCUUUAAGGCUAUGUUACAGUUUAAUUUUUCAUUGAGAAGCAUAAAAAUUCCCAUGAAAGGGUAAAAGACACAGCGGCGGCACAUUUGCAUAUUUAACAGAAGUGCAUAGAGAGAUUUGCAGUGCGCUGAAUUUAUUUAGCUUCAUUUGACUGUUUAGGUUCACAGUAAUCUAUUUUUUCUGGCAUUAAAGUUACAUGAGAACUGA